CCGCUUUGCUGUUCAGAGCUUGGGGCCAGGGGAGGCCUUGGGUGAUGACUGGGACUAAAUGGGACGUCAUCCCUCUGGCGACCCAUGUGCCAAGACCCUCAGGUAGGGACGAUUUGGCCUGUUUGAGAACUGACUAGAGGACGGUGUGGGCGGGCCACUGCCAAGUUCAGGUGAAGGUGGGUGGAGAGGGUUGAGCAGAGAUGUAGGAAACGAGGCUCAGGUUGGAUUCUUUAAGGCAGGACUCGGGAUACUUGCUGAUGAGUGGGGGGCAGGUGACUUGGUGGAUUGUGGGGCCGUUUGUCAAGGGGAAGAGGACGGGGUGGGACGGAUGUGGCAUGGAGAAUGUAUCGGGGUUAGGCUCAGAUGUGUCUCUGAUGAACAAGAUGGGGUUGGGACAGUAAUCUAAGAGCCUGGAGGGGAGGCCACUCGCCUUAGGCAGACAUAGGAGCUGUUAGCGCACGUGUGUGACUUUUUGAGGGUUGGGACUAGAGGAGGGUGUGAGUGUAGCCAGGCUGCAGCCAGCCCUGGGGCAGGUGUGCAGAGGGUCACCAAACCUGCCAUCGAGAUCCCGCUCUGAAGCCUCCCGGGGGCUCCCAUGUACCCGAAGGGACAGUGGGGAGCCCUGACGUUGGCUUGGAAGGCCUUACACUCCCACGGCACCCUCUAGCUCACCGGCCGCACGGGCCUCCUCCUUCCUCUGCCUCGGUGGGCCUGCCCCUGGCCUGGGCCCUUUCACCUGCCGUCCGCUCUGCGCACCCCCGCAGUCCCCUGUGGUGACUGGAGUGGAGGCUCGUUUUACAUCCUGCCAUCCCUUUCUACACUCCAGAGGCUGACUUUAGAAAUCCAGCCCGAGUUCUGGGUGGCGUAACUGGGGAGAAACGAUAGUGACACGGGGACUAAUGGUUCUUCAUUGCAGUCGUGCCUUCCCAGCAUGCCGCUGGGCCGCAGCGAGAACGGGAGGUUGCUCGCUGUCGCAGCUGACAUCUGUCUAGUUUUGAUACAGCGGUGAUGGCCGACGAAGAAUUGAGGAAGUGUAAAAGUGUUCGUGCACAUCUAAUCUGUGAGGCGCAGACGUACCAAUAAUUCUAACUGCCAGAGUCCUUGGCACCAAGCCUUGUGUCACGUCGCCUGGUCUCGGCUGAAGGUCUCCUCGAGUUCUAGGUGGGGCUGAGCCAGAUUAAGUUGAACCCGACCCGAGGGUGCCCGCCCCAGUCGCCUAAGUCCUGAUACGGCAGGGACUCCGCCGUACAGCCUUACACUCUCAGUUUUGAUGACAACGUGACGUGUCCUGAGUCAUGACUUGCGUGCAUCUAAGAGCGAACAGGAGCCCUUGUCAGUUAGGUGCCUUUCGGUGCGCCAGUCACUCUGCUUAGCGUUCAGUGUAUUUGAAACCUUUUGAAGUCCUGAAAAAAAGUAGCGCCCGUCGUUUUGCAAAUAACAGAGCAGGUCGUGUUAGACGCGUUUCUCGGAGCCGAGGGUGGCCCUUGGCUUUAUCGGCCUUUCCCCCCAGCAGACUUUGUCCCCGUGGUCUCGCCAGGCUCUCACGCCGGGUGCACAGCGAAGCUGCCUGAACGAAGCCCGGUCGGGCUGUAAACGAGCCGCCCAAGCUCUGAGCCAGGAGGUUGUGGGGCAGGGACGACCCGGGCCCACUCCCCCGGCACCCUCCAGACCACCUCUGCGCACUUCCCGAGGUCCCGUGUGCGAGGACACCGCGCUCGCGCCAGGGUCCAAGCGCGCCUUCUCCCGAUUGCAGCUUCACCACGCCCGAAGGCCCGAAGCCCCGCUCCCGAUGUGCGGACUGGGCGAGCGCGGUCGAGGAGGACGAGAUGCGGAGCCGCGUGAACAAGGAAAUCGCCAGGUAUAAAAGAAAACUCCUCAUAAACGACUUUGGAAGAGAGAGAAAAUCAUCAUCGGGAAGUUCUGACUCGAAGGAGUCUGCGUCUGCAGUGCCCGCCGACCUGGAGACGGACGAGGGCGUCCUGAUGAGGAGGCAGAAGCAGAUCAGCUACGGGAAGAACACCCUCGCCUACGACCGCUACAUCAAAGCCGUCCCGAGACACCUUCGACAACCUGGCAUUCAUCCCAAGACCCCCAACAAAUUCAAGAAGUACAGCCGACGGUCGUGGGACCAGCAGAUCAAACUCUGGAAGGUGGCUCUGCAUUUUUGGGAUCCUCCAGCUGAAGAAGGAUGUGAUUUCCAAGAAAUACACCCCGUGGACCUCGGGGAGAUGGAGACCGAGGCCGCAGAGAGCAGCUCCGGGUCCCAGAGCAGCUCCCAGGAAAACCUCGAUAUGUUCUCUGGCACACCCACCAAAGUCAGACACGUGGACUGCCAAGCAGAGGACGAGUUCGACUUGGAAGCUUGUUUAACUGAACCCUUGAAGGACUUCUCGGCCAUGAGCUAACUGUACUGCGUGAGGCCACUGAGCACGUUGUCACUACCGGGCAGGUGGAGGGCCAGCCGGGUGUGCUCAUGCAUUUGUAACGGGGUGGUUUCUGUUAAUAGUUUGUUAUCUCAUGGUGAAUUGUUAUUCUUGCCUUAUUUUCUCAAGAAACAAUUUUAUGUAUAGUGAGUGUAUUUUGCAUGUUUUAAAUAGUAAAUGGAACUAAGUGCAGUGAAAAUUGAACUUAGAGCUAUGUUGCAACAAACUCCAAGCCGACCGCCAAGCGCACAUGGCCUGUUCCCGUGACGUUUUUGACGGUGGGUUGCCACUCGUCACGCAGCUGGUAUGGCUUUGACCGUAUGUUCACAGGACCAGCCUGGCUGCAGCUUUCUUUACUGGCAUCUACGUGUUCUUGGAAUCAGGCCUCUAAUAGCUUUACGGAAACUUAAUUUUUGGCCUUCUGUCAAUGCAUCGAAGUGGCUUUUCCCCUCGCAUAGAGCACUGAAUAGUCGGAUAUUAGAUGGAGCUGUUGAAUUCAUGGAUUUCAUGUAAAUUACGGUCUUAGCCUGGUCCUUGUCAGUAGCACGGGCAGGUCUUGUCCCAGGCGUGCCUGGCGGUCUGGGCUGCAGAGGGGUUUGGAAGGGACGUUUUUUACACAGUUAAUUCACCAUGUAAAAGUGCUGUAAAUGAUAAUGUGUAAUGUAUACAGGUUUUCUGUUCAAAUAUUCAAUUGUAAGCUUCUUGUUAAGACUG